GGGGAGCGUUAUGAACAAGAUCCGACAGCGACAGGGGCGCGCGGUUUGGCCCCGCACGCGUUCAGACCGCGGCUGUAAUCGACGACAAUGAGGCAGGAAUUGCACUCGUCGAUGAUCGGCGUCAAUUGUUGGGCUGAUUGGGGCAGCUGACCCUUUUGAUGCGGUGACAGUGCAAUUUUCUUGUUGUUCGUUUGAGCUGCGAGAGACGUAGCUCGUGGAUGAAGAAAUCUUGCGAUGGUGAAAGCCAAGAAAGACGAAGGCGCUGUGUCCGCCGAAGAGCAAUUGCUUGCCCUUGAGAGCAAACGUUUGAAAGAACUCGCAGUUUCCAGAGGAUUACUCGCCCGGUCGAAAGCCAAUGCUCCGGCUCCCCUUGUUCCCACCAAGACUAUCCGCAAGUGCAAUGGAAAGGACAUUGUUAAGAAGGGGAACAGGAAGACCAAAUAUCUCUUUGCUUUUCCUGGACUUGUGGCACCUGUCUCGGGUGGAAAGUUUGGGGACCUUACGCAUUUGGACUCCAGGAAUCCCAUAUUGUACGUCGAUUUUCCUCAUGGCCGGUUGAAGCUGUUUGGAACUAUCGUCUAUCCGAAGAACAAAUACCUCACGAUGCAUUUUGUCCCAGGAAGGGGAGAUAUUGUAUGCGAAGAUUAUUUUGAAAGUCUGGUGGUCUUCCCUGAGUCAUGGUGGAUUGGAACGAAAGAGGAGAACCCAGAAGAACUACGUUUACCAUUUCCCUCGGACCUUCAACAGGUCAAGCAUGCAGACUUUGACUUCAAUGCAGGUGCAGGACGGGUAGACGAAACCUCGACCAACCGAGUGGUAAAAGCUGACUCUACCAAGAAUGAUCCAAGCUCUCCUGUUCUACAAUUUGCUGUGGACAACUUGGACGAACCCGGAUUACCAGAGGUAACUGCGAACGAGAAACCAGUGAGUGUCCGGCAAUCUGCACGCAACUCCGGGAAGAAGACAAGGUACGCUUUGUCAUCAUCUGACAACAGUGAAGAAGGCAGCGAGGGUGCUAGUGAAUCCUCAGAUUAUAAAAGGAGUACAAGAGACCAUGGAGCGAAGAAGACUAUAGUCGCUGAGGAGAUCGUGGAGACAUUAUUUGAGUCGACCAGUGCGGAGCAGCUCUCGUCUGCUAAAGCACCCAGGGCUGUUUUGAAGCAGGGCACACUCACAGGAUACUUAUCUAAGAAGACUGAAGUUGUACAUAUCACAGACAGUCCUGACUUGUCUCAAAAACGACGACAAGGUCAGAAGAAGACAACACCAGUAACCAGGAAGAGACGUCAAUCGAUAACUGAGAUCAGUAGUGACAGCAAUGAAGAAGAUAUGAGUACUCCAACUGAUGACAGUGACUGAUCUCUUCAUUCGUGGAAUGAGAGUUUUGGUCACGAUAAGUGCAAGGCUAGACACACAUCAUGUUCACCUAGAGGUUAAUCCGGAUUACUCUAGAAUUUAUCGGCAUACGUGGGAUGUUAGUGAACAUUCAUUCAAUAAUGUAUCCAACAUAUAUCAAGUCGUCUCGUACUGAUCUCCCUGCUGCAGCUAGUUUUUGAGUGGCUGGUUGUGUACAAUUGCCGAACCAUGGCAAAGUUGGAAUGAAUUUACACCUUUCUUACCCU